AUGGCCCGUAGCAACACCCAAGUACAGCUGCUACGUCGCAGCACCCGGAUCGCGUCAAGGAAAUUACCGCCCAAGCCGUCCUCCGUCUGCGCAGACUGCUGGAAUGGCCCUUUUGCUGCACAGCUCGGCCUCCUCCACGCGCCGUUCAAGUGGACUGGGGAGGGAGGGUAUUCAUACUCCACCUCGAGGGAACAGCUGAAGCGAAGCGCCGCAGCCGGUUGUGCUUGGUGUAAGUGCCUAUAUCAGAAGCUCCUACAGCGCGGCUCCGUAGUCAAAGGUAUCAAGGGGCUGCCGUCGAGCUGCCUCAGUAUCACGAUUGGAUCCCCUGGCGGUGGAGUCGGAAUCACCCCAACCAAUGUGCAAAACCUACGUGUAGCUAUCAACAACGACAGGAGCUUUGACGAACUACUGUUGCAUGCAUCGGAAGACGACCCGGCAGCACCGUACAUCGUCGCACGCGAUCCCAUCCUGGACGCCGGAUCCUCUCGCACUCUCUCCCUCGCGAAGGCGCUCAUCAACGAGUGCGCGCAUGGACACGAGCGUUGCAGGACGAUUUCGCCGUCUUCCGCCGUUCGCCUCCCCACGCGUCUUAUCGACUGCGCCGACCCCGCGCACCCGCGCCUCGUCUCUACGGAGGGCGAACACGGUACAUAUCUCGCGCUCAGCUAUGUGUGGGGCGAAGCACAGCCCCACAAGACCACCAAAUCCAACAUAUCUGCCUACUCCGCCGAGAUUGAUACUUCUCUCCUCCCCCGAACUAUCUGCGACGCGAUCUACGUCACGCAUACACUCGGAUCCCGGUACCUUUGGGCGGACAGCCUGUGCAUCAUCCAGGACUCGGACGAGGACAAGUUGCACGAAAUCGGGCGCAUGCAUCUCAUUUAUCGCUAUGCGUAUCUCACCAUCAUCGCCGCCAGUGCGGAGCGCGUCAGCGACGGGUUUCUGCAGGAUCGUCUCGCAGAACCAGACGACCUCACCCUUCCAUUCCUCUGUCCCCCGCCCCCUCCCGCGUCUGGAGAUGAUGCAGCGGAAGUACAGCAGGUGGGCGAAGUGCACUGCUCCCACCGAUCCUGGGCUGUGGACCCGCCGGAUCCCGUAGACCGGCGAGGUUGGUGUCUGCAAGAACUGUACAUGUCUCCGCGCGCACUCAUCUUCGCGUCGAAGACACUCCGGUUCAGGUGCCAAGAAGCCACGCCAAACGUCGGCAACUCCAUCCGCAGGACGUACAUGGACGUCCGGCUACCAGAUAUCCUCUUCCACCCAGCGCCGCCGCCGGUACAGCGUGGCUCGAAGGAAUGGGCCGACAUACACACCCAGUGGGGGCGCAUCGCGAAUCAAUACAACGGGCGCACCCUUGGCCAGGCGUCGGACAAGCUCGUCGCGUGCGGCGCGCUCGCGGAGGCGUUCCACCGCAUCCUGCGCUCGGACUAUCUCGCGGGCAUGUGGCGCGACACUCUGCUCUACGACCUGCUUUGGCGAGCCCACAAGAGUGCCGGGGAUCCGGAAUCCGGACAAGUAGGCCGCUCAGCGGAGUACCGCGCCCCGUCGUGGUCGUGGGCUGCCGUCGACAGGGCGGUCGACUCCCGUGGCCCCUCCUACAACGCGCUGAACGUGGCUUUUGCUGCGACGGUGGUCCACUGUGAGGUCACGCUCAAAACGCCGGAGCUUCCGUUCGGCGAAGUGACGGGUGGCUCGCUCGUUCUGCGUGCGACGUUGAUUCCGUGCAAGGUGCGCAUAACUGAUAACGGGUUGGGCGCUGAGAUCCUGUUUGUCCGGCCUUCUGCGCGCGGGCGGUGCCCUGGAGUUAUUGAUGCAGCCGAUACCAUAGUCGAGGAUGGGAGGUUUCUCGGCUUGUGCUCCGUCGACCAUGAUCCUGAUCUGCUGCUCGAGAGGGAGUCAGAGUGGCUCGUCCCGCUUCUCCGGCGAACGAACGCCCCAGGUGCCCCAUCGGCGUACGGUCUUAUCGUCACCCUCGCGAAUCUGGACUCGGGCGAGAACACGGAGAGCAGGAAGGUCUACCGCCGGCUUGGGGAGUUCACGACGUUUUUGAGCUGGGACAAGCUGCUCAGCUAUGCACCCACGUCGUUGGAGGAGGAGAUUACCGUUAUCUGA